GUGUCAGGGCGGCGCAUGCGCAGAAGGCGCAUUCCCUCCUCCUCCUCCGCUGUCUCCUUCUGUCAGUUGGUGGUCGACGCCGGCGGCGCCGAGAGCCUGGGCUCUGCACCUCUGGGGCUUCGCGGCGGAGUCAAUGCCAUGGACUCGCCCCCGAUGCUGCACCCGGUGAAGCUCUACGUUUACGACCUCUCCAAGGGCAUGGCCAGGCGCCUCAGCCCCAUCAUGCUCGGCAAGCAGCUGGAUGGCAUCUGGCACACCUCUAUAAUUGUCCACAGGGAUGAGUUCUUCUAUGGUAGUGGUGGGAUCUCCAGUUGUCCUCCUGGUGGAACGCUGCUUGGACCCCCAGACUCUAUUGUAGACUUGGGGUGCACAGAAGUUUCAGAAGACCUCUUCCUGGAGUACUUGUCCUCAUUGGGGGAAUCUAUAUUCCGAGGAGAGUCUUAUAAUCUCUUUGACCAUAACUGCAAUACAUUCAGCAAUGAAGUGGCACAAUUCUUAACAGGGAGGAAGAUUCCUUCUUACAUCACUGACCUUCCAUCUGAAGUCCUUGCAACGCCCUUUGGACAAGCUUUGCGGCCUCUACUUGAUUCAGUCCAGAUCCAGCCACCUGGAGGAAAUACUUUCAGCAGACACAAUGGACAGAGCUAGCAGACAUAUUGGAAAGUGCCUCGAUUCACCAUGGCAUUUCUUUUUUAAACUCCAAUGCACCAGAUUCCUGUCUUUUAAUUUCAUGCCAGAGUUCACAGCAAGAUGGCAUUUCAGACUUUUUAGAAAGAUUAUUUACUGGACUGCAUGUGACAUGAUGCUACCAGGAAACAAGCAAUUGUCAUAAAGUCAAAUAGCAUAUUUACUUAUUACAGUUGUUUUUGUCAUGGUUCCCUUUAGAUGCUUUUGAAAAAUUCACUUCUGAGAAACUGGGAUUAGGAAGUUCAUUUGCACGAUUAAGAGCAACCUGGAUGGCACAAUGUAUACUGUACUAGCUUUAGACAUCCCUUGCCAAACUGACUUUUUCAUUACCCUUUUUCCAAUGUAUUUCUAGCAGCUGUAUCCUCAAAGGGGUGAAUCUUGCAACACUAAAGUUCUAAAUACUAAACCAGUACUGAAUAUAAAUAUCCUUUUUAACAGGAAAAAAGAUAAACACACUCACUGUGAAUAAUUUUAAGGAAUGUUUCUUAAAUUUGCAAUAUAAUUUAGUUUGUCAGUGGGAGUAAUCUCUAUGGUAAGCAUAGGAUGUAUUUUUACUUCUAGAUGAAUGGCUGCAAAAAGGCCACCAUCUGUUUUUCAGUACCUAAACUGGACCAGAGACAGAGUUUGGACUAGACAGGGCCAUGUGGAGCAAACCCUGCAAUGCAUGUAGUCAUAAAUGAAGAAUUUUUUUAAAUCACUUAGAAUGGAGAGCUCACUCUAAGCAGUGUCUCCAUGUUACAAAGAAGGCAACUGUGUCUGUUUGUCUAAUGUGUCACAUACCUUCUAUUACAAUUAUUUCUCCAAAAGGUUAAGGCUGAUAACACAGGCAAUUUAAAUUUGAGGUAGAUAACACAAUGCUAAUUCUGGGGGGAAAUCCAAAUCAGAAUGAAUGUCCACCACCUUAAGUAAAAAAGAUUUAAGCAUACAAUUCAAAAAUAUAAACUGACAUGAUCUGUUGAAAAGAAAUAAGUGUGGUGUUUGACACUCACCUGUCCCCAAAUACGACUCCAGUUGAGAGGAGAGGAGUGCCACACCUGUUUUUGUGAACAAAGAAAGAUGACUAGUCUAGAUUCAGAUUUGAAUCAUGUCUGGUCCAGAAUGUUAUGUCUUCCUUCAAACAUCCUUGCCAGAAUAUUGAGGGAGCUUUCAGGGACAGGAGCAAAAGAAUACAGUAUGUUACUGAUAUUUGUUUACCCUUCUUUGUAGUGAGCAUGAUCAGAGAAGUGUUGACGGGCAUUGGUUUGAAACUGCUUUGCAGAAGAAUACACCUUAACAAACAAACAAAAGAUCUUGCCACAUCUGCACCCCAAUUCACUUUUUUGGCUGUUAUUUCAAUUAGCUUGGAAAUCUUGGGCCCUUUUUGAUAGCCAGGUGGCCCCAGGUGUUCCUGAGAGAAUUAUGCAGCCUUCCAAAUGUUUUGAAUAAAAAGUCCCAGUAGAACUAGCCAGCACUGCCAAUGACAUACUGGGAAUUGCAGUCCAGCAGUAUCUGAAGAACUGCAUGAUUCCCAUUCCCUAAAAGGUGCAAAGUAAAAAUGACAUGCUUGGCAAGAAGACAGGAAAACCACUUAAUGUUCAUAUAAUGUAUAAUGUUAAUGCUUAGCUUAUAAUAGUAUUUAAAUGUGCAAAUAUAAAAUGGCACACUUAUUAAGUAAACAAAUUAUGAUCUGGAGAUACGUUGUCUGUCCUUUUACAUUGAGGCACCAAUAACUGAUGCAGCUACUGUACUUCCCAGACUAUAGCUUGCCCUCUUUCUUUUCCUCGUGUGAAAUAAAACUAGAAUAUUCCUUGCUACAGCAGAAAGGAAGAAAAUGAUGAUGUUGGUGGAGUAAUAAUAAGAUAGGAGGUACUGCUACUGUCUCAUCCUCUCCUGCUCCUGUCAAAACCAGUAGACAGGAUCUGUAAUUGGGAAAUUGGCAAUUGGAUGUUAUUCCCCCUCUGGUAGCAUUUUGCACCUGUUUUGCUUGCUAUGACUCUGGAAAAAGAUGAAAAUGAAUCUGGCUCUGAAUGUUUCUUCAAUAUGUCAUCCUCUGCUUGUAGAAACAUCCCUGCCUCCUCUCCUCCACUUUAUUGCUUUUCAUGUAGAUUUCUGGUAGGGAAGAGAUCAGCAGGUACAAAGUAACUUUAAUACCAUUACAAAAUAAUCCUGCUGUAGUUUGCAAAAACACUGAAUAACUUAAUAAUUAUUUCUUUCUAUUUCUACGGCCACAUCAAAAUUGUAUAUAUUUACUUCUUAGUCAGGUCCACUGAAUUUAAAGGGAUGUACUUUCUAGUAUGUGUAUUUAGGAUUGUGGCUGUAGAAAUGCCAAUUAGUUGUAUUUUAGUUAUGUAUACCAUCUAACACAUUCCUUCUAUUUUUCUAUGUGCCUUUCUCCAGAUGACUAGUACAUCUGCUCAGCUGGAGAAAUGGUGAAAGUCCUGGAACUUAACUUGACCAUGCUUCUUAGCACUUUCCUUCUCACAGGUUUAGGAAUGUGCAGUGUGAUCCUAUCCAUGUUUACACUGCUGCUGAUUUCAAUGAACCUAACUCCCCAACAAGUGUGUAUAGGAUUAUAGGUGUGGGCAUUUUCAUUGGGACUGAAGAGAGAUUAUGACUCUUGCAUUAGGCAAUUUGAUCUGUCCUCCUACUUCUACUGACCAUUUUAUUACUCCUGUAAUAGAGAAUGGCUCUAUAACAGGAAUAGUAAAAUGGUACAUUAGAAGUACAUACAUUACCUGAUAUGUUACACCUCCUACCAAUUACCUGAGUAUUCUUAGUGAGGCUAUUUCAUAGUCCAUGGUCCUGUUUUGAAAUGGUUAGAAAAGAGAGCCAUCUAGAUGCUCAGCAUUCCACUCAGUCCCAUGUAUUUAUAAGUAUAUAAAAGUAUGAAACAUGUAUAUGUAUGUACAUUUAUGCAUUUCCAACUGGAAGUGACUGACAAUAGGCUGGUGAACCUGAACAGCCCUUUUAUGAGAGGAGAGGCUUAGCCCAAGUGGUGAGUCUGUUAUUUCUGGGGUAUUCCCCUUUCCCCGUUUUAUAAUUAAAAUAAAGUCUUUGCCAGAAACUGUAA